AUGCUCACCGACAGCUUCGGCCGGGUGCACAGCUACCUCCGCAUCUCCCUGACAGAGCGCUGCAACCUGCGCUGCCUGUACUGCAUGCCCGACGAGGGCGUGGAGCUCACGCCGGCCUUGCACCUGCUCAGCAGCGAGGAGAUCCUGCGCCUGGCGCGGCUCUUCGUGUCCGCCGGCGUGGACAAGAUCCGGCUGACGGGCGGGGAGCCGACGCUGCGCAAGGACCUGGUGCGGCUCGUGGCCUCGCUCUCUGCCCUGCCCGGGCUGGCCUCCAUCGGCAUCACCACCAACGGCCUCACGCUGGGCCGCCAGCUGGCGGCACUGCGCUCCGCGGGCCUGACCCACCUCAACAUCUCGCUGGACACCCUGCGGCCAGACAGGUUCGUGACCCUGACGAGGCGGCAGGGCCAUGCGCGGGUCCUGGCAUCCAUCCAGGAGGCCAUCGCACAGGGGUAUGACCCAGUGAAAGUGAAUGUGGUGGUGAUGCGAGGGGUCAACGACGAUGAGAUCGCUGACUUUGUGGAGAUGACGAGGCAUGCGCCCAUCAACGUGCGUUUCAUCGAGUACAUGCCCUUUGAUGGCAAUGUCUGGUCUGACAAGAAGAUGGUGACGUACAGGGAGAUGCGGGGGGCCGUUGAGGCGGAAUUCGGGCCGCUGGAGCCCAUCCUCUCCCCGGCGGGCGAGGUGGCUCGCAAUUUUCGGUGCCAGGGUUUCACAGGCUCGGUGUCUUUCAUCACUUCCAUGACCAAGGCGUUUUGCAGCGACUGCAACCGACUGCGCCUGAUGGCGGAUGGGAACCUCAAGGUCUGCCUCUUUGGCGCCAAUGAGGUCUCCCUUAGGGAUGCUAUGCGGGAGGGUGCGUCAGAGGAGGACCUGGCGGCCGUCAUCUCUGCUGCGGUGUACAGGAAGAAGGCUGCGCACGCGGGCAUGUUCGAGCUGGCCGCCACAGCCAAUCGGGCCAUGGUGAAAAUUGGGGGCUGA